AUGGGAGCUGCUAGAAAGGUGGAGGCGCGCACCGCCUGCAGACAGGGGGCCUACCGUUCUUGCCCCUUGGAGCGGGGGGUGACGGUGGUACGUCCGGACGUGGCGGUGGUGGAGGAACUGCAAAGACUCUGGGGCAAACAUCGGCCGGUACCAUCAGGCGUACAUCUGAAAGGGCGUCUGAAGCAACAGAGGGCGAUCUCGACCUUAGGGUUGCUGUGUAAUAGGAGAGCUCGACAAUACUCCCUGGGCUCGACAACAUCCCCGAGCAAAAAUGCUGCAACUGAGAUUCGAACCUGGGACGAAACCGAGUCAUAUGUACGAUGCCAGUAA